AGUCUACAUCACAUCUACAGACCACAACGAAAUCCACCAUGCAGCUCUCCCAACUCGCCUUUCUUGUCAUCCUUCACACCGCCAUGGCGCAAGUCAACGUUCCAUCGGCCGCAGACAUCGCUGAAUGCGGCGAACUUGGUGUCUUGACAUACAAUUUGACCGACUUGCCUGAAGGCGUCGAUCCAAAAUCUGUGCGCAAAUGUGCCGGCCACCCGGGCCUUCCACAGAUCACUCCUGAAAUUGCCGCCCGUGAUGGUGCCCCAGUCAGCACUAUCUUGGGCAAACGCAGUUGCUGGUAUGGCACCAACCCAUACGGAUGCUCUAGCGGUUUCUGUUGGAAGAGCUGCGGCUCCGAUGGCGAGUGGUGCUUCACGGCGCAAAACGAUGGCUGGGGUGCAUAUAAUACUUGCAAUACCAAUUUCGACUGUAAUGAAGACAUGACUUGUGCACAGGGUGAUUGUGCGGGUUGCGGGUGUUCUUGCCAUGACUAAAGCGCAAAAUCCCAAAGGGCGUCUUAUGCUCGAUACAUGGUGUACCGUAGAUUUAUUAUUUCAUUACUUUUGUCAUUAAAUAAACGAAACCACUG